UUCGAGAAUUUCCAGGAGACCAGGCUGUGGCUGCUGUAAUUGCUUGCUGCAGAGAUCGGAGUCUAAGAAGAGAAUCGUAUUUACAGACCAAGAAAACCCUUCCUUCGCCCUCUGUAAACGAAUUAAGAAAAUUUCCAGAAACAUAGCCAUCACGAGGUGCGAAACUUUUCUUAAAGACAUCCAUUACCCUUCUGCUGGCCUUUCCCUCCUGAAUUGGGCCUUUGGAGUCCCGUUAUGUCCACAGCUGCAUUGAUUACUUUGGUCAGGAAUGGCGGGAACCAGGUGAGGAGGUGCAUGCUGCUCAGCUCCCGCCUGCUGCAGGAGGACCGGCGAGUCACCCACUCCUGCCACUGCUCCAAGUCUGAGCGCAGGUGCUCUCGCUUUGACUCAGACGGUAGCGGGCGGCCAGCCACCUGGGACAAUUUUGGGAUCUGGGAUAACCGCAUUGACGAGCCUAUUCUGCUGCCGCCCAGCAUUAAGUACGGCAAGCCCAUCCCCAAAAUCAGCCUGGAGAAGGUGGGCUGUGCCUCCCACAUCGGCAAACGCAAGGAGAACGAGGAUCGCCUGGGCUUCGCCCAGCUGACAGAGGACGUCCUGUACUUUGCAGUGUACGAUGGGCACGGGGGACCUGCGGCUGCAGAUUUCUGCCACACUCAUAUGGAGAAAUGCAUUCUGGAUUUGCUUCCUAAGGAGAACUUGGAAACUGUGUUGACCUUGGCUUUUCUAGAAAUAGAAAAAGCUUUUGCAAGUCAUGCCCACCUGUCUGCUGAUGCAACCCUUCUGACCUCGGGCACUACUGCAACGGUAGCCCUGUUGCGAGAUGGCAUUGAGCUGGUUGUAGCCAGUGUUGGAGAUAGCCGGGCUCUGUUGUGUAGAAAAGGAAAACCCAUGAAGCUGACCACUGACCAUACCCCAGAAAGAAAAGAUGAAAAAGAAAGGAUUAAAAAAUGUGGUGGCUUUGUCGCUUGGAAUAGUUUGGGACAACCUCAUGUAAAUGGCAGACUUGCAAUGACAAGGAGUAUUGGAGAUUUGGAUCUUAAAAACAGUGGGGUGAUAGCAGAACCUGAAACAAAGAGGAUUAAGCUACAUCACGCUGAUGACAGCUUCCUGGUCCUCACCACAGAUGGAAUUAACUUCAUGGUGAAUAGUCAAGAGAUUUGUGACUUUGUCAAUCAGUGCCAUGAUCCUAAUGAAGCAGCCCAUGCAGUGACUGAACAGGCAAUACAGUAUGGUACUGAAGACAACAGCACUGCAGUAGUAGUGCCUUUUGGUGCCUGGGGAAAAUACAAGAACUCCGAAAUCAACUUCUCAUUCAGCAGAAGCUUUGCCUCCAGUGGACGAUGGGCCUGAAGGCUGCCUUGCACUUUAAGCUGCUGUGCAGUGGGGUAGUGGAGCAUAUCCAGAACUCACAGUCACCUAGGGUGUCUGUGACUUUCUUGGUCUGUACAGUUAGUGUAAGCUUAAUAACGAUGUACAUAGGGGUGUUUUAGUAAGUACCCAUUGUAUUUGUGUUCCACUGUACAUGUGCAGUAUAAACACAUGUCCUGAAGCUAUGAGGCUAUUGUGAAUCUCUAAGUUAAGUGGGAAAAUGAGAAGGGUUUUUGGUACAUUUGGUGAGUGU